AUGGCGCCCAACGCCAACCUCGCCGCGGCCCUCUCCCGCGCCGAGGCCGCCCCCAGCGACAAGGCGCCCCUGUACGCGGCCAUCUUCUCCGACUUCAAGCAGCUGUCGACGCCCGACACGGCGGCAGCGGACCUCUGCGCCGUGGCGGACUCGUUCCUCGCGCAGGGCCUGGGCCCGAUGGCGACGCGCGCCGUGCUAUCGGGCUUCACGGCGACGCUCGAGGCGCUGGGCAACGACGAGCUCUCCAUCGCCGUGGGCGCGCACGCGCUCGCCGCGCUCGCCGCGCAGCCCACCACGGCGAGCGCCUUCCCCGAGGCCACGGCCGCGCUGUGCGAGCUCGUCGCCGCCGCGCACGAGGCCAACGACGACUUCGCCGACGCGGCCCGCGCCCUCGCCCAGAUGCCCCUCGACGGCUCCCAGCGCAAAGUCACCGACGACGACCGCGCCCGCGUCUGGGUCCGCAUCGUCCGCAACUACCUCGAGGUGGACGACUCCACCGCCGCCGAGGUCUACAUCAACAAGCUCAAGAACAUCAUGCACACGGUCGACGACCCGGACCUCAACCUGCACUUCCGCCUCUCGCAGGCACGCAUCCAGGACGCGAAGCGCGACUUCCUCGCCGCCGCCCAGCGGUACCACGACAUCAGCUUCUCCCCGGCCAUCGCCGACGAGGAGCGCCUCCACACCCUCGCCAUGGCCAUCAAGUGCGCCAUCCUCGCCCCCGCGGGCCCCAUGCGCAGCCGCACCCUCGCCCGCCUCUAUAAAGACGAGCGCUCCGCCCAGCUGCCCGAGUUCGCCAUGCUCGAGAAGAUGUUCCUCGCCCGCCUGCUCUCCCCCGACGAGGUCGCCGCCUUCGCCCACGGCCUGCAGCCGCACCAGCUCGCCACCACUGCCGACGGCUCCACCGUCCUGGCAAAGGCCGUCAUCGAGCACAACCUGCUCGGCGUCUCCCGCCUCUACGCCAACAUCCGCUUCGACUCCCUCGGUGCCCUGCUCGGCCUCGACCCCGCCCGCGCCGAGGAGACCACCGCCCGCAUGAUCGAGCAGGGCCGCCUCGUCGGCCGCAUCGACCAGCUCGACGCCGUCGUCUGGUUCGAGGGCGGCGAGGCCUCGGGCGAGAAGGGCAGCGGGAGCGCCGCCGCCCUCGUCGGCAAGCAGAUGCGCCGCUGGGACGCCAACGUCGAGAGCCUCUCCGAGGAGGUCGAGAACAUAACCAACUCGCUGCAAAAGGAGUUUCCGGACUUUGUGGCGGCGAACCUGAUUGUAUGA